GAAAGAAAGAGAGAGAGCGAGAGAGAAGAGGGAGGAGGAACAGAGGCAGGGAGGCAGCAGCAGCAGUUGGGUGACGGAGAGUGAAAGGAUAACCAAAAGGAACGACAGAUCCAGAUCCUGAGAGUGGAGCAGACAGACGUACAGAGAGAGAUACAGGUCAUUUUCUGAGAGUUGCUCCAUGAUAGAAGCCAUGCCGGUCCUCUCAGCAGGUGCAGGGCUGCAUGAGACGCUGGCCCUGCUCACCUCUCAGCUGCGCCCUGAUGCCAAUCACAAAGAGGACAUGGUCUUCCUCAGAGACGUUUUUAGUGAGAGGAGCCUGGCUUACCUCAUGAAGAUCCACGAGAAGCUGCGUCAGUAUGAAAGGCAAAGUCCCACACCGGUGCUCCACAGUGCCUCCUCACUUGCAGAAGAUGUUGCUGAGGAGCUGCAGAGCGGCCCCAUGAGUGUUGAGGAGAAAGAGCUGCUCCACCUGCUGACAUCUCCUCAUUUACGGGCGCUCCUGUCCGUUCACGACACAGUGGCACAAAAGAACUUUGACCCCGUGCUGCCUCCACUUCCUGAUGACUUCGACGAUGAGCUGGAGGAAGAGUCGGUCAAGAUCGUUCGCCUGGUCAAGAACAAAGAGCCACUGGGGGCUACCAUUCGGCGUGACGAGUCCACAGGGGCUGUCAUCGUAGCACGCAUUAUGAAAGGUGGAGCAGCUGACAGGAGCGGUCUGGUGCAUGUAGGUGAUGAACUGAGGGAAGUGAACGGCGUCUCCGUAAUGCACAAGAGGCCAGACGAGAUCAGCCAGCUAUUAUCUCAGUCUCAAGGCUCCAUCACAUUAAAGAUCAUUCCUGCUAUUAAAGAGGGGGACAGGCUGAAAGAGAGCAAGGUCUUUAUGCGAGCGCUGUUUGACUAUUUGCCUUUGGAGGACAAGGCUACGCCCUGUCAGGAGGCGGGGCUACCGUUUAAGCGCGGGGACAUUCUGCAGGUCGUGAGUCAGGAUGACGGCACCUGGUGGCAGGCAAAGAUAGUCGGGGACAGCAAUCUGCGAGCAGGACUCAUUCCCUCUAAACAGUUCCAGGAGAGGCGUUUGGUCUACAGACAUAAAAUGGGCACUUUACCUAAUUCUAAAUUACACAAACAGACUGCAUAUUUUAUUUUUCUUUUACUCUGGCUUACACUAGUUGACCAGGGAUGUGACAAAGAGGACUGUGACUGUGAGGGCUAUUUCAAUGGACACUACAUAGUCUCUUCAAAGUGUAAAGCGAUGGUGCCCUCCUGUGGCCAGGUGUUUUCCUGGGACUUUUAUACAGCUGGUUUACGAAGAAGUUUCCGUCUGAGCCGUAAGGAUCGCCAGAGCUCGUCCGAGGACGCCGACGUAUCCGACCCUGCUGAGCCUGAGCUUCUCACCUAUGAGGAAGUGACUCGAUACCAACAGCGGCCUAAUGAGAGACCUCGGCUAGUGGUGCUCAUCGGGUCUCUCGGAGCACGAAUUAAUGAGCUGAAGCAGAAAGUAAUAGCAGAAAACCCCCAUCGCUAUGCUGUGGCUGUACCCCACACAACACGAGGCAGAAAGAGCCAUGAGAAGGAGGGGGUCGAGUACCACUUUGUCUCCAAGCAGGCGUUCGAAGCUGAUGCACAAAACAAGAAGUUCAUCGAGUAUGGAGAGUAUAAGGACAACCAGUACGGCACGAGUAUAGAGGCCAUCCGCUCUGUCCAAGCCAAAAACAAGAUGUGUCUGGUGGAUGUGCAGCCUGAGGCGUUACACACCCUGAGGACUGCUGAGUUUAAGCCUUACGUCAUUUUUGUGAAACCGAGGAUCCCCGAGGGCCGCAGACGUCGCAGUGCGUCUUCGCCUUCAGCAGGAGAGCAUGGCCGACUCACGGAGGAGGACCUGCAGGAGAUGCGUCAGUCGGCGCAGCAGAUUGAGCAGGAGUAUGGUCACCUGGUAGAUCGGGUCCUGAUUAAGGAGGAUACCACAAGUGCAUGUGCAGAAUUGCGCCUGAUCUUGGAGCGCCUGGAGAAGGAAGCCUUCUGGCUGCCAAUCAGCUGGGUCAGGAACUAAAAAACAGUCCAGAGCAGGACAAAACAGGACACUGGACUUCGCUUUGUUGACUGCAUUGAAUUCAGUGUUUUUUUGUUUUUUUUUUGGACCAUGAGGAAAAAAGGAACUAAGAACUCAUGAAGGAGAGGAGUAAGAAUAAUGAUCCUUCACAAAAAAAAAAAACGUAGAAUCUUCUAUAAAUCCAUAUGCAUACAUAAUAUGGACAAUGAUUAUACACACGGCUGCUUUUUUUUUCCGAAUUCUUCUUGGAGAUACGAGUUUAUUAAAAUCACAUAACUUAUUUUUUACAUUUCAUUUGAAAAGAAACAUGCACUGUGCCAAUUAUAUUACCUACUGCACACUUCCAUGUCCUCAACAUGUUGUUUUCUCCAGUUUUUUUUAGCCACCUCUUUAUAGCAACUGAUUAAAUCCAAUAUAAGAAUCACCAUGCCAACCUCUAAUCUCUGAACUCUGGGAAUAAUGACAGAAAACAUCUCACUGUCCAUAUAAAUAUAUAUAUAUAUAUAUAGAUAAGAUAAAUAGAUAAAUUGGUGUAAUUAGGUUUGAAAGAAAUGGUGUAUGGUGUGAAAACGUUACAAAAUAUCUGUAUAGUUGUGUAUGCUAAGAUUUAAAUUGUGGUAAAAUGAAACAAACAAAAGACACUAUGUGAUAUAAAUGAAUAUGAAUAACACAUAAAUGGUGAAAUGUCCAUGAACUUUUAAUUCCUCCACCUAGAAACCAUAGGAGAUGUAAAAUUCUGCUCUCGGUAGAACGUUGUUAAGUGUCACACCAUCAUCAGAGAUCUUUAAAAAAAAAAAAAAAGAACUUUCUGAGUAAAUGGAAUCAUGCAUUUGAAUAUUGUUGCCUAAUGACCUAAUGUGUUAUGUUGUUUACGUAUUAACUGUUCAUUUCUGCAGCAUAUUACAUGUAUAGCAUUUGGCAGACGCCCGACUUACAAUUAUCUCUUUUAUACAACUGAGAAGUUGAGGCUUAAGGGCCUUACUCAGGGGCCCAGCAGUGGCAGCUUAGCAGAAGUGAGAUUUGAACUCAUGACCUCAGCAUCUUAACCAUUGAAUUACCACAUCCCCCCCAUACUAAACACACGAUGAACCCCUUAGAUGUUAAUGCUGACGGUGGUAAUUCUGAGCGGAGAGAUUUUGGCUUGUUGAAUCGAAAACGCCUACACAACUGUAGCUUCGCAGUUAAGUUCGAAUGCGAUAAACCAUUUUUCAGCUUGGUUUGCAGGUUCGUGAUCCCUGUAUUCAAAACUCGGGUGUUAAACUCUAAGCGGGCUCUUAGAAAUACUUGGAAAUGAUGUGUUUGACUACUCCGCUCUUACAAAAAUAGCGUACUUUGGUGUGAAAGAGACGUUCAACAAGUGUGUAUGUACAAUUUGCGCCAACUUCACAAAAGACAUCUUGGGGGGGAAAACUCUUGACAUGGUGAAGUUUUUAUAUUUUCUAUAUUACAACCAAGUUGGAGGCUGAACCUGUUCCAAACCCUGUGCACAAACCAAAGAUUUACAUGCUGAAGUGGAAGAUUUGAAGUGGCCUGCAAUAUAGAGCUCUGAUCCCAACCCUAUUCAAUGCCUUUUGUGAAUGCUGACUGCACCCCAGACCUCCUCAACUCUCCUACAUCAGUACUUGACUUUACUAAUGCCCUUGAGGCUGAAUAAGCACAAAUCUCCACAAGCACACUCCAAAAUCUAUUGGAACAUCUCCCUAAAAGAGUGGAGGUUAUAUUCAUAUGUGCUUUUUUAACCAAAUUCAGUCCCCAUAUUCUGAACAACAUUCACUGGGAAGAUGUUCCACUAGAUUUUUGUCUAAAGGGUGUUAAGUCCUCUAUAGCAGGACACUCAAAAUCUUUAAUUCCAACUCAUAUUCUUCAUGGAGUUGGCUUUGUGCACAAAGACAUCUGGGACACAUUUGGAUCUUCUUGUUCAAGUGAGGGGAUAAUUUUUAUGCUAUCCAAAAGACACGAUUGUGUGCCUUCAACAUUGUGGUAAAAUUUUGAGAAAAAAAAAAACAUGUAUGGCUGGAAAAGUUGGGCGUCCCAAUACUUUUGUCUAGAAUGUGUGACUAAUAAAGGCACCGUCUUUCUCAUUUGAAGUUUAGACAGAACAAGAAUAGACCGUCGUCUUCCUGCAGUGCCAAAGGGCAUGUACUGUAAGCUCUGGCACCAACCCUCAUCAAAAUAUCAUCAAUCAAUACGGAAGAACCUCAUUAAAACAAAAAACUCAUUAAAACACUGAGAAAUCUCUGUAUGCUCGA